CACUCACAGUAAAUCGAAGCAAGCAGUUCGGAAAAUUGGAAAAACCAUGAACAAGAAUUUACUUACACUCCUUUUCGGAGCUACGCUAUUAGUCGUCCUAAUAAUGAUGUCUGAAGCUCAGCCUGGUCCAGAAGUCCAAGGCUGGUGGCCCACAAGGCGACCAACUAGACCACCAACACGACCGACUAGACCACCAACACGGCCGACUAGACCACCAACCCGACCGACUAGACCACCAACACGGCCGACCAGACCACCAACUCGACCGACUCGACCGACUAGACCAACCUAUCCAACUUGGAGGACACCGCCCACUUGGAGAACACUACCGACUAGACCGACUAGACCAACACGGCCGACCUGGAGGCCUACUCGUGGUCCCAGACCAGCAAGAGCAGUAACAACUGCAGCAACAACUGCCGCACCUUCUGCAUGCCCACGUAAGCCUCUCAGGUGUACCACCGCUGGUCCGUCAUUGUGUGUGCGCAGUCGAAAUGGAAAACUUUGUCGUCGCGUAGCUAACAAGUGUGCCUUACGCAACCUCAACUGUCAAUCAAAGCCCCGUAACAAUUGGGUUAUUACUAAUCUGAAGGGAUGUUGCAAGCUUAAGGUAGGCCAACGUCCUGUUAACUGCAGGAGCCUAUAAGGAAACGAGUGCCGAACAAUCACGCAAUAAAUUUUUUAAAUCGUUUAACUAAUUAAGAAAAUAUUUGGAAAUUUGA